AUGGACAUUGACUCGAUUGCUGGCUUGAGGAAUAAUUCUCAAAGUGACAUUAAAGAAAAAUCUGAUCCCACAUCACUAGUGGAUGCUGAUAUAAAUUAUAUUGGAGAGGCAUCAAACUUCCCCAAUGAUGCUGAGGUGACGGUUGUCCAUGAAAAUGGAUCACUGGAUCAAGAAGCCAAUGAAGAUGGUAUGGAUGUAGACAGCGAGAGCACAUAUAGCUGUCUUAAUUCUUCAUCUGAAGAAAAAAGUAUUGGCAGUGAUGCUGAGCAUGAGUUCACUAGCCAUUACGGUUCGUCCAUUGAACAUAAUGGGUUAACCAAUGACUCUGGACAUGAGAAUCUGAGUUCAAGCACGUGCAAUGGUGAAAAUAACGGUUUGGACGUGGAGGUUAACCAGCGAGAAACUGAUGCUCAUGCGUCUACCUCAGGAGAGCCUUCUAAUGCCUCACCUGAAUCUGUUCGGGUUAUAGCAGAGGAAGAUGGUGAGUACAUAGUCCCAAAGCUCGGUGUGGAAUUUGAGUCAGAGGCCCACGCGUACAAGUGUUACAACAAGUAUGCUCUCAUGGAAGGUUUCAGCAUCCGGAAAGAUUUCAUGAACCGAAGUAAAGUUACGGGCUUUGUGGUCUCGAGGAGGUACACCUGUCACAGGCAAGGCCACGGAUCUAUAAAACGGGAAGCAACUGUGAGUAGAGCCCGGAAAGAAACGAGAACCGGGUGCAUGGCUCAUAUGACCAUCACACGCCAGUCAAAUGGCAAAUACCGUGUGAUCCAUUUAGAGACAAGGCACAAUCAUGAGUUUGUGACGGCACUGACCGCUCAUUUGCUGCCUUCACAGAAGAGAAUAUCCUUUGUUCAGGCUGUUGAGGCCAAUUCAGGUUCUUCUAAUCCAGUGCCCGAUGGUGUGCCGAAGCUUGGCAUGGGGUUUGAAUCGGAAGAUCUUGCCUAUGAGUUUUAUAAUGCUUAUGCCGGGCGGUUGGGUUUCAGUGUUCGGAAGGAUUAUGUGAACAGGAGCAAAAGAGAUGGAGCUGUGGCUUCCAGGAGGUACACGUGUUUCAGGGAAGGUUUUAGGCAGAAUGACAAGCGAGGUUCAAAAGUAAAGAGACCUCGAAAGGAGACUAGAGUCGGGUGCAUGGCACAGCUGGUAAUUUCUCGUCAAGUGGAUGGUAAGUACCGUGUGACCCACUUUGAAGAAAGCCAUAAUCACGUGCUCGUACCUCUGUGUAAAGUUCGAAUGUUGCGGUCACAGAAGAGGUCCGUGGGAAAUAAUCAGCUUCCGGAGUUGCACCCAAAAUCACUUAAUGAGCUGUUGUUAAGGGGAGUUCGAGAUGAUUUUAUUUGUGAUUCAGUUGAUCGUGAGAUGAAUCUCAUGUAUAGGUGUGACUGGAACAUGAAGCAGGAGGAAGCAGAAAACUUGCACCAUUAUUUUCAGAGCAAGAAAUUGAAGGAUCCAUCGUUCGUUUAUGCCAUACAGCUUGACGUGGAAGAGGAAAUGACUAAUUUCUUCUGGGCUGAUGAGAAAAUGAUGGCUGACUAUGCUGAUUUUGGUGAUGUCGUUUGUUUGGAUACAGCUUGUCUUCAGGACGAACUUUUCCGGCCUUUAGUGCUGUUCUUGGGAAUAAAUAAUCAUAAGCAGAUUCUGGUGUUUGGUGCUGCAUUUUUAUACGAUAACACCGCCCAAUCUUUUAAGUGGCUGUUGAGAACUUUCCUGAAAGGUACGUCUGGAAAAAUACCAAAGACUAUACUCUCUGGUAAAGAAGCAGUGAUAUCCGAAGCAAUCAACUCUGAGUUGCCCCAAGCUCAGCACAGAUUAUGCACCUGCCAGACUUACCAUAAUGCCCUUAAGCAUCUUGAUGAAGUAGCUUCCAGUUCAGAUUCUUUCUCGAGUGAUUUGAGGGGUUGUUUUCUUAAUCCAGAUGAAGAAGGUUUUUUGAAUUCUUGGAAAGUCAUGCUCGAUACCUAUGGUCUGUGGGAAAGUGAAUGGCUACUUGGUGUAUUUGAAGAGCGAGAGAGAUGGGCUUUAGCGUUCAGCAAGCAUAUAUUCUCGGCUGACUUAGAAACUGCAUUACUCUCUGAGGGUUCUAUUACCAGCUUGAAAAAAUACCUCAAACCCCAGUCACAUGUUCUUCAAUUUGUCAAACACUUUGGGAGGGUGGUGACCGACUGGCGUUACAAAGAAUUGGAAGCCAAUUAUGACAUGGGCCAGCAAACACCGAGAUUAAUGGGGGAUGUGAUAAUGCUGAAGCAGGUAAGGGAAGUAUACACGCCAGUAAUUUUUUAUGAGUUUCACCAAGAAUAUGAAAACUGCCUAAAUAUCGUGAUAAACGACUGCAAUGAAAACACGUCCUCGGUUGAGUAUAAAGUCAGCACAUAUGGUCAAGUUCGUCAGUACACGGUUUUAUGCAGCUUGGAGGAUGAUUCGGUUGCCUGCAGCUGUAUGAAGUUCGAGUCUGUUGGGAUUUUGUGUAGCCAUGCGCUGAAAGUGCUAGAUUAUAAAAAUAUAAAGAUAGUACCAAGCCGAUAUAUCUUGAAAAGAUGGACCAGAGAUGCACAGACUUGA